AUGGCUUCUAAUAAGAUUAGAAUUGGUCAAUAUAAUGUUUUGCAAACUCUUGGGGUGGGCUCCUUUGGAAAAGUUAAAAUGGCCGUUCACUCCAUAACUGGUCAUAAGGUAGCCAUGAAAUUUAUCAAUAGGAAGAAAAUCGCAAAUUUGGACAUGGUUGGAAGGGUGAAACGCGAAAUUCAGUACCUUAAGUUGCUUCGACACCCUCAUAUAAUAAAAUUAUAUGAAGUUAUUACAACACCAACUGACAUUAUUAUGGUAAUGGAGUAUGCUGGAGGCGAGUUAUUCAAUUUUAUUGUUGAAAAAGGCAAGAUGUCAGAAGAUGAUUCUCGAAGAUUCUUUCAGCAAAUUAUUUGUGCUGUUGAAUAUUGUCAUCGACACAAGAUUGCACACCGAGAUUUAAAACCUGAAAAUCUUCUUUUGGAUCCUUAUCAAAAUGUAAAAAUCGCGGAUUUUGGAUUAUCAAAUAUAAUGACCGAUGGAGAAUUUUUGAAAACGAGCUGCGGGAGUCCAAAUUACGCGGCACCAGAAGUCAUUUCUGGAAGGUUGUAUGCAGGACCCGAAGUUGAUGUAUGGAGCUGCGGUGUCAUUUUGUAUGUUAUGCUUUGCGGGCGUCUGCCAUUCGAUGAUGAAUAUAUUCCAACAUUAUUCAAAAAAAUUAACGGUGGUAUUUAUACGUUACCAUCGUUUUUAUCACCCGAGGCCAAAUAUCUUUUGUCUUCGAUGCUCGUCGUUGAUCCAAUAAAAAGAAUAACUAUUCAUGAUAUCAGACAAAAUCCAUGGUUUAAUAUUGGGUUACCUGAUUAUCUUAAACCUCUUCCUGAAAGUGAAGAGGAUCCAUUUGCUGAAAUAGAUAAUAAUAUUGUGACAGAACUUCAUAAGAAAAUGGGAUUUAGUAGGAAUACUAUAUAUCAGGCAUUACAAGAGUCAGAAAACAAUCAAAUCAAAGUGGCAUACCAACUUGUGGUGGAUCAUAAGCGUAUGAUUUUUGCUGGAAGAAUAUCUGAACAGAAAAAUUUCCAAAGUUUUCUAUCAACGUCGCCUCCUUCAUGGAUUUCACCUCAGAAUACGAAGGAAAAAGAACUGAUGAGUGAGGAAGUUGGUGAAGCUCCUUCUAGUAUUUCAGUAUUAAAUUCUAGUCUGCCUCCUAAUGAAGAAUAUAUCAGAGGUAAUGUUAAUUGUGCUAAAAUGCCAAAAACACCGACUUUAAGAAAGAAAUCCAGAUCGAAAUGGCAUUUUGGAAUUCGUUCGCGAAGUCCUCCUCUAGAAGUCAUGCUUGAGAUUUAUCGUGCUCUAAAAAAUUUAGGAAUGGAAUGGAAGACCAUGGAUCCUUUCCAUGUUCGUUGUAAAUAUAAUUAUUCUAGCGGUUUACGAGCAAACAGCCAUUAUUCACACAAGUUUGAAACUAAUAAUAAACCAUUUUCCGCACCUCCAAUUUCCUCAACAACUGUAAAAAUUCUUCAUCAACAAAGGACCAAUGGAAAAGAAGUUACAUCAAUGUAUCCAUUUUUUGAUGUAUGUACGAAAUUAAUUACAGAAUUGGCAAUAUCCGGAUGA